AUGAAGCAGUUCUAUAAGUACCAAAAGCGCUUUCUCACUACUGAGCAAGCGGUUUGGACGAGUGUUCUGUCCUCUAGAUGGAGACAUCUCUGGAAAUGGGUUCCUAGGUUAGAACUAAACACCCUUGACUUCACAAACGACCAACUCUGUGUCGAUUUCAUCCACGAGUUUCUUGCUUUCCAAGGCAAGCACUACUUGCGUGAGUUCAAGUUGACCAUUGACCACGAUGGCCUUAACAGUGAGGUUUAUCUUUACAAGCCGUGUCUCGGUAAAGUGUUGGAUAUGCGGAAGCUUGAACGUUUCCAAUUCCAAGUCGAGAAUAAGUUUGGUGCCAUUGACGACAUUGAUGACGUCAUCCGGACACCCUUAACGCUUUCCGCGUGUGAGGCAUUGGUAUGCUUAAAGCUCCAUCACGUUAGCCUGUACGAGCUCGUGUCUCUCUCCUUGCCCUGUCUCAAGAUCAUGUACUUGGAAGACGUUGUUCUCCCUAGCGAUGCUGCUGCGGAGGCUCUCAUCUCUUGCUCUCCGGUUCUAGAAGUUUUAAAAAUAUGUCUUAGCAAAGAUGAUUCUGUAGUAGCGCUACGUGUCCGCUCGCUCUCGCUAAAGAGCUUCGUUUUAAGACGAGCGGAGCCUUUUUAUGCUCGUGGACGUUCGGUUGUGAUCGAUGCCCCGAAGCUUGAGCGUCUGAGUCUCAUGGAUUACUACCAUUUUAGAAGGUUUGAGAUAAUAAGUAAGGCUGAGUCUUUCAAGGUUGAUAUUGAUGUCGAGUUUGAGCUGAUGAGUGAUAAUUUGUGGGAUUAUGAGAGCUUCUAA